GUUUCGCUAGUCUCCUCCAUUUUGUUUUUUGUACAGACGACGUAAACAGUCAUGGGAGGGAAAAAGAAAGCAAACCGAACCAAAGGAAAUGUCAGGCCUUCAAGUAGUGGAAGAAGUGCUGAAUUACUUUGUUCUUCUGGUAUUGGAACCACUGGUUUUAUUGGUUUCUCUAGUUUAACAUCUGAUAUUCUAAACUAUGUACCAGCAACUAGUCAGGUUUGUGAAGAUGAUAUUUCCUCUGCUGUUGAUGGAGAUUUUCGAAUGGUGAUGCGAAAAAUGACUAAAAGAGAUUCUGUUACCAAACUAAAGGCAAUUCAAGAGUUUAGUGAAUUAUGUAAAACUAAAAAUGAAGAACUGUUAAAAGGAGCUCUUCCUUAUUGGCCAAGACUUUAUAAUCAACUAGCAAUGGAUUUUGAUCGACGGAUUAGGGAAGCUACUCAUGAAGCUCAUUGUCAAUUAGUUAAAAAAGUUGGACGAAAUCUAGCACCACAUCUUCGAAGUUUAAUGGGAGUUUGGUUGAUUUGCCAGGCAGAUCCCUAUAGUCCUGCAGCUUCUGCUGCAAAAUCUGCCUUUAAUGAAGCAUUUCCAGAAAGCAAACAAGGAGAAGCAUUAAUGUAUUGUAAAGAUGAAAUAUUUAAUUACAUACAAGAUAAUAUUUUCAACCUAACACCUCAAAGUCUCCAACAAUUAAAUGAUAAUUCCACAAAUUUGACAGAAGAUAUUCAGAAUAAAUAUCAUCGUAUUUUAAAAUGUUCAUUUGAAGGCUUAGGAUUAUUCAUUUUAAACAUUUCACCAAAUCAUUACAAGAAAAUUCAAGAUUCAAUUGAUAAAAUAUUAAUUGAAACAAAAUUUUGGAAAUUUGCAAGACACAAAGAAUUAAUGGUUCAAAUUUCUUGGUAUAAUCUAAUUUUAACUCUCUGUGAAAAAAUGCUUUGUUGUAUCAAACCUUAUGCCUCUAAGUUAUGUCCAUUGACUCUUGGAUGUUUGGCUCAAAAUGAUCCUUUGCUUACAUUCUUAACAUGGGAUUCUGUAUUAUAUGUAUUAAAUAUUUUUGAGGAUUGUUGGCAAUAUGUUAAUGUAAACAAAGUAUUUUUUCCUCAACUUUGGACGAUUUUAAAAAGUGGUGGACAAGGAACUGCUGUUACAUUGUUUCCAAAGCUUUUGCCAUUAUUGAGUAAGAUUCCAGAAAAUAUAAUUGGAGAUAAGAUCACAUUUUAUCAAAAUUUUUUUGGUAAUAUGAGAGAGAGCUUAAAUUUAGAGAAAGUUCAAAAUUCUUCUAGUGAAUUAAAUUCCAUAAUUCAAGCUUUUAUGGAAUGUAUUCAGCAUGUUCUCAGUAAAUAUCAAACUUCUGAAGAUAAAGAAUUAAGACAUCAAGUUAUUCUGAAUCAGCUUCUUUCUUUAUUAGAAACAUCCAUUGUUGAAGAAAAAUCUUACUUAGCUUCCUCUUGUUUUUAUGUUAAAUUAAAAGAUUUAUUAGAUUACAUCCAAUGUCAAAACUGUAAUAAUAAUCCUUUGAAAGAAAACUUUGAAGACAUUUUAACAUUGUUCUGGGAUAACUUCUUUAUUAUGUGCAAGAGUUUACUGGAUAAUGAAACACCAAAUCAGGAUAAUGAACUGUCACAUUUAGCAGAAUUUUUUUAUUGUUUACAUUGUUCAAAAAAGAUUAGAAAAUGGAAAGUUAAAAAGAAAGUUAAUUUUUUAAGAAAAGAAGAAAUGUUUGAUGAAAAAUCUAUUGAAACAGAAAACAGCAAUUUUUGUAAUGAUAAUUUACCUGUUAAACAGCCUGAUUUUAUAGCUGCUAAUCAUCAUAUCAUAAUGCCUACACAGAAAUUGUGUGCAACAGUUAUGGCAAAAUUUGAAGCAAGUCAUAAUAUUGUUUAUCUUAAAUUAUUGUGUGAAGUUAUGAGUAUAGCUGCUUCUCAAGAACUAUUUUCUAUGUUACUACAAUCAUCAAAAGAUAUAUCUGUUGACAAUAACAAUGCUGCAAAUGAAUAUUUUUAUAAAGUUGUUAAUGCAUGGGUGAUGUCAAUUGACAAAAUUAGUUCAGAUAAAAAACAAUAUAUAUACUGUCUUGUAAAUAUUGUUAUGGCUAUAUGUUCCUGUAUUGACUAUGAAGCAGCUGAAGAUAUUUUAAAUGAUUUUAUAAAGUCAAAAAAUCCAAUUAUGCUAGAAUGUUUGAUGACAUUUACAAAAUUUGAUACCUUCAAAUUUUUGAAAAAGUGGCUUCAUAGUUCAAAUAUUGGUGAAAUCAUAGUGAUGCAGGCUGAAGAAUUGUGUCAGUCAACACUUGGUAAUGUUGUAAAAGAACCAGAUGUCCUUGAUUCAAUUUGGAAUGUACUUCAUAUUUGUCUAACAACAACUGAACAGUUUGAACCAAUCAUAGGUAUUGAAUAUAUGAGUAGAAUUUUAGAAAUAUUUCAUCAAUGCCUAAUAAAUAGUAAAAAUAACCAAGAAACGAAGAAAACAGAUGUUGUUGAAUUUGUGUGUGAUCUGAUGGUUAGACUUUUUUCCAGUUUUAAGGGAUGUUGGCAAUUAAAUGCUGCCGAAGAAUUGCUAUUGUCUCUCUUCCUUCUUAGCUGUGAUUUAGAUUCUUCAGAACCAAUUUCUGAAAAGUUGUUUCAGAGCUGGCAGCUUGGUGUUAAACAUUUACUUGAAGAAAAAGAAGAAUUAUUUCAAGAGAAUGGUUUCUUUUAUAAAGCUGGUAAUAAGAUUCAUCAUCAGCUAUUGAAUCAGUCAACUUGCAUAAAAAGUGAAGAAAAGUUAUUUGUUUCUACAUUUAAGUUGUUAACUACAAUGUAUAAGGUGCUGCAUGAAGAAAAUGAGAAAACAUUUUAUCAUAAUAUAUCUUUGCUUCUGACUAAUAUCUUUCCUACAGAAGAGGAGUGGGAAACACUUCAAAAUACACUAAAUUCUCAAUUUACAGCCUUUCCAGUCUUAAGUGACAAAUUAACAGUAGCUUCUACAGCAAUUUGCCCAUCUAAUGCUAUACCUCCGCAUUGCCUGGUAACACUUUUUGUAUCAGAAAUUUUAUAUAGUCUGAUAUGUCUCUGGGAGAAUGAAAAAGAUGAUGCCAAUAAUUAUAUUUUUGAAGAAAAAAGUCAAGCUGUAAUAUUGAAACAACUCCCUAACAUUGCAAUGGCUCUCACAUAUUGUACCUAUGCCAGAUAUGAUUAUAAAACUACAAAAUAUGUAGUUGAUGCUAAGGAAAAGUUACAUAUUUAUCAAAAGUUAAAUAAUAAUUUAUCAUUUUUGCUUUCUAAAUUGGAUAAUGCAUCUUAUCUUUCAUUAUUAAAUACAUUAAGCAACAUGUCACUUAAUAAUGGAGAACUUUGGUCUUGCACAUUUGCAUUAACAAUAUCAUUAGAACAAAGAAAACCUAUAAAAAAGUUUAUAGUAGAAGUGCCUAAUCAGUUAGAGCUUGAAAAUAUAUUUCAUCUACAAACAUUAAAAACAGUGAUACCAUAUUUAGACAUAGAAAACUUAAAGGAAAUUAUUAUUAGAGUUACAAAUUUAAUGUUAUGUUCUGAAGAUUUAUUUUCAGUUGAAGGUGGAAAUAGUCUGUUAGGAAUUCUUGUAUGCUGCUUAGAAGUUGAACGUAUAUUGAUUUCUGAAGACAUUCAAGAUCACAUGGAAACAAUAUUGGAAUAUUUUCUUGGUCUGAAAGAAUUAGAAGUCAAUCAUUAUUUAACAUACAGUAAUUUGUCAGAACAAGAUGAAGGAAAUAUUGAUUUUGUAUCUAAUACCAUGUCUCUUCUUGAAAAAAUUAUUAUAAUAUCUCCCUCCAUUUUUGAAGUUAAACAUUGGGAUUUCACUCUCUGUUCUCUUGUUGGUUGGAUUGAGACUUGUAAUCGAACUUAUCUAUCUUAUGAUCACUCACCAUCAAUAUUACGCUUUUAUAUUCAAACAUUCAAUCUCUUUAGUUCCAUCUCUGAUUUUAUGAAAUGUCUUCAGGAUGCAAAAGAUACAAGUAAAUAUCCAGCAAAUUUAUUGAUAGAAUGGAAUGAUCUUUACACUGAGGAAUGUUAUAAUGUGUGUCUUCCAUUGUACAUAAAAAUAGCAGAAAAUAUGAAAGCUGUUGACUUAAAUAUUGGAGAAGAAAUAAUAACAGAAAAUUUAACAAGAGUACUACAAGAUAUCCCUCUGAAAUAUGUGAUUAAUUGUAAAGUUUCUUUAGUUGAAACUAAUGAGGAAAUUGAAGAAUCAGAUAAAGUAUCUUUAAUAUUAGAUCAUCUGAUGCCUUUAUUAACAUCGGGAGUACGAUCAGUACAGUUGGGAACUCACUUUUUGCUAAUGAAGAUAGUGCCAAAGCUAGCAAGUAUAUUAUCAACAAAAGAAAAAUCAGAUGAAGAUAACAGAUCUAUCCCAGAUAAUUUCAUUAAAAAUCUUCAAGAAACUGGUCCCGUAGUAGAAACAAUGCUAUCGGAUUUCCGUAUUGGGGACUGUUGUAUUUUAGAACCUUAUACAGAUGCUUAUACUUAUGGUAGAGCACAUCUGUUAUGUUGGAUUCAGUUAUUGGAAUUCUUUUCUGCUGCUUCUUCAGAGGAUCGAUCCAAAUAUGCCAGUUAUUUGCGUGACUCUGGUUUAUUACAAACAUUGUUAAAUAGUUUGUUUUGUUUAAUGCCCCACAACCCAAGCUUAUCUUCUAAUGAAUCUGGAAAAUCAAAAUUACCCAAUAAAACAAUGUUUACAGAAAAACCAUUAAUGCCAAUAAAUGCUAGUGAUACAUCUUUGGAAUUGCAACAUUUGGCCUGUUAUGUUUAUUCAAGUGCCUUACAAAAGCUACCAGCAUUAGUGAGACAGUGGUGGACCAAUCAAGAAAAAAGAACAGCUGAAAUUGUUAACAGAUUCACUUCCAGUUUUGUCAGCAGUUUAAUUUGUGCUAAAGAAAUUCAGUCAGUUCAUGAAAAUGAUAAAAAAAUUUCAAAUAUGGUGGUUAAGGCUCGACCAACAGCGCGAGAAGUGGUUGCCACUUAUACUAUUGAAGAAGUAACAAUUGAGUUAUUGAUUCAGCUUCCUCCUAAUCAUCCACUUGGCCCAGUUAUAGUUGAAAGUGGGCGAAGAGUUGGAGUAGCCCAGACUCAGUGGAGAAACUGGAUGUUGCAACUGACAACUUUUCUAACCCAUCAGAAUGGAUCAAUAUUAGAAGGUUUGGCUCUCUGGAAACGUAAUGUGGACAAGCGGUUCGAAGGUGUAGAAGAAUGCAUGAUAUGUUUUUAUGUCGUCCAUGGUUCCACCUGUCAACUUCCGAGGUUAUCCUGUCGAACCUGCAAGAAGAAGUUUCAUUCUGCCUGUCUGUACAAAUGGUUUAGCACAAGCAAUAAUUCUACCUGUCCACUGUGCAGAAAUUUAUUUUAAUAAAAACAUUGUGUAAUUUAUGUAAAAUAAACUUUUAAUAAAAAACAGAAAUUUACUAAUUCUCAAUAAAAAUAAAUGAGCAAAUAUUUUAUAAACAGAUGGUGUAAGAAGUAUGAUGUACUUUUAUAUUGUGCAUUGCCACUGCAGAACAAAUCUGGGUUUUUCCUGACUCCUAGAGUUCUUUUGCAAAAAUUGGAACCUUGUAACAGUUGAGGAUUAGUCACCCUUCAACUAUACACAUUUUGUAAUUGGAUGGGGUGUUUAUUAAAUGAAUUUAAGGAAUAGUAAAAAA